UAUGAGUCAGUAGCCACGACAGGCCUCAGCUGGGCCACAUCUGGAGAAGUGGGGUGGGGGAUAUAACAUCACAAAAUACCUGGCCCCAGCCUGGUCACUCAUCCCUCUCUGGGCAACAAGGAAACUAGCCUUUGGCCUAAGAACGCAACACCUGAGACGAAGGCCAGCAGAAACAUUCGUCUGCCCUCACCCCUUCUGCCCCGGCUUCCACCUGCUCACCAUCUGCCUGCUGACUGAGGUCCAUGCCGCAUGUCAUCUCUCGAAUGCCCAGGAUGGCCCAGGAUGGGUGUCCUUCAGGCUUGCCUGCAAACAAGAACAUCUCUUCAAGUGUCACCCGAGUGAUAGUGAAGACAGCAGGCAAGCAGGAAGACUUUAUGAUAGCAGAUGACACCUUAGUGAGGCAAUUCAAGGAGAAGCUAUCCACUCACUUUAAGUGCCAGAUGGACCAACUCGUGCUGGUCUUCAUGGGCCGCCUUCUCAAAGACCAUGACACACUGAGCCAGAGGGGCAUCCUAGAUGGCCACACCAUUCACUUGGUCAUCAAGUCCAAAUGCAGCUCCAGAUCCCUAGCCCAUUCUUCCCGGAACCUGCUGACCAAAGAGCCCUGCCACCGGGACAGAAACACCGAAGGAAACAGCAAUGGAGUGUACCAACCUGCCGGUGUGAGUCACACCCCAGUGGAAUCAGCCCUCCUCGUGGAGCCUGAUGCACCCAAAAUGCAUACCCAGGAUCUGGAAGUGGAUAGUCCAGAGUACACAGCACAAAUACUACAGAAUCCUAGUAUCCAGCAGCUCCUGUCUAACACAGACCUCAUGAGACAGUUCAUCUCAGAACACCCAGACAUGCAACAACUGAUGCAGCAGAGCCCAGAAGUCUCCCACAUCCUCGACAAUUCUGAGAUCCUAUGGCAGACUCUGGAGCUGGCCAGAAACCUUGCCAUGAUUCAAGAGAUAAUGCAGAUCGAGCAACCUGAACAGAAUCUUGAGCAUCCACUGGCACACACGGGCUUAGAGACAAUGCCCGGUGGGGACAACGCCCUGGGUCAGAGUUAUGUUGAUUGCAAUGACCAAAUGCUCAACAGCUCACAAGAUCCCUUUGGGGGCAAUCCUUUCACAGCUCUCCUGGAAGGGCAAGUUUUGGAACAAGUUCAAUCCUCACCUCCAUCUCCAACACCACCCCAGGAACGGCGGGACCGGCUCCCACAGCUCCCUACAACCCGAGUCAUCUAUACUAGUUCUCGUGGUUUAUCCUCCAUCACCUCAGCCAAUGUUACCCCCAACAGGGUGACCCAUACUCCCAGUGCCUAUGCCACCGCUAUCCCCGCCAAGUGCCGGAGUCACACCUGUCCCAUUCAGCAGCCGGCUGGGGUACCAGCCUUACCUAGCAUAGAGCUCACCCAGCAGCCCCAGGCAGAGGAUAAAGAUGGCACCAUCUCUCUAGAUAGCUCUGACCAGAAAUUAGAAGAUGACCUCCAGGCUUCAGAUGAGCAGAGCAGCUCCCAGAUCACAGGGAACAUGAUGCAGUUGCUUUUGAGCAACCCGUACUUGGCAGCCCAGGUGAUGUUCCUAAGUAUGUCCCAGCUGAGUGAAGAGUGUAGGCAGCAGCUGCCCCCGUUCCUGCAGCAGACACAGCUUCCCGACGUGCUGAUAGCCCUAGCCAGCCCUAAAGCGUCCCGAGCAAUAUUGCAGAUUGAGCAGGGCCUGCAGCUGCUGGCCACAGAGGCUCCUGUUGUUCUGCCCUGGGUUGCACCCUACCUCUGGGGCCUGGGUUGGCUUCCCGCACCCAGCUGCAGCCACCCUGACAUGCCCUGGGCCUGGGAUGUGCCAGAUAUUGCUGAACCCAAAGAUCCCGAAUGCUGCCACAAGUCUGGAACCGUCCUGCAGACGCUACAGUCCUUAGCUGGAGGCCCUUCCCACCUUCCACAAGCCCCUGAGAUUCGUUUCAGUCAGCAGAUGGAAUCUCUCCAGGCCAUGGGAUUUGGGAACCACCAAGCCAAUCUGCAAGCACUCAUCGCUACUGAGGGGGACACCAGUGCUGCUAUUCGCAAACUCAAGAGACCCCAAGGAUUCUAACCACCAUGCCUACUUAUUUGCUUGUUACCUGCCUGCUGACCCAUUUGACCACAUCAUCUGCCCCUUCCACCUCUUCUGAUGCUUCCAGCCAGGAGAAGUCCUGGAACAGGAGAAACCAAACAAUGUUUUCUCCACUGAAUAAUAGACCACUGGCCAUGGGUAGAAGAUCUGUCAAUAAAAUGGCUACUCCCACAUG